AUGCAACUGUUUACGCCAGCGGUCCUCUGCGUCGCCCUUGUCGGCUUCGUCGUCUUCCAUUUCUAUAAGCAGUUCAAGGAGAUAAACCGCCCGGGCAAGAUCCCCGGUCCGACCCUGAUACCGUACCUUGGUCGCAUACAUGACCUUCCUAUCCAGUUUAUGUGGAUCAAGUUCAAGGAGUGGUCGGAUCAGUAUGCUGGUAAGAAUGGAUUCUACUUCACGGAGAUGCUCGGGGCCAAGUUCCUCGUCGUCUCGGACGAGAAGGUGGCCGAGGAAUUGCUGGUAAAGCGAGCAAAACACAACUCGGACAGACCUAUGGUGAGGUCAUUAUUCGACUCCAAGAGCACCGACGGAUCGAUGGCGUACCUUCCCUUGAUGGGGCGAAACCAAUACUGGGCGCGACAACGACGAUUCACGCACUCGGCCCUGAUGGAAGCGAGCAAUGCGCAAUACUAUGGCGUAAUGUACCAUGAGUCGAAGCGUUGGCUUGCCCGGCUCAUCGAGAACCCCGACGACUUCCUAUUUUCCUUGGAGGAUAUGGCGUCCAAGAUCAUGUGCCAGUUGACGUGGGACAACCUCGAGCUCAGCGAACAGACGUCGACGAACGCGUGGGGUCUCCUAAGACAGAUGUCGCCAGCCGGACCUAUCACCAACGUUAUAACGCCCCUUUGGCAUCUACCUCUGUUUAUGAAUCCGUGGAAAAGCGCGGAACUCAAGCGCCGUAACGAACAGCAGGAGAUGUGGAUGAACCGUCUUCUAGCCACGCGCGACAAUUUGGCUCAGGGUAAACAAAGGGAUUGUAUCACUAGCAAGUAUCUUGAGAAGGGGGAGAAGCGAUCGAAUAUCUCGGGCGACUACGAAGCCUCUUGCGUCAUAGGUAUGAUGGCCCUAGUAGGCAUCUUUACGAUAGCCGGACCGUUGUCGUACUGGCUAGUAUCCAUGAUACAUCAUCCUAAAUGGCAAGCGGCGGUUCAGAAAGAAAUUGACGAGGUUUGCGAGGGCCGGUUACCAACCCUUGAUGACUCUCCGAAACUACCGACCCUCCGGGCUUGUAUUAAGGAAACGAUGCGCUGGAGGCCGAAUGUACCCACCGGGGUCGCGCACGAGAUGGAAGCCGAUGAUGAAUUCCGAGGGUAUUUCCUUGAGAAAGGAACAAGGAUCCUCCCUCUAGAUUGGGCAUUCCUUCGCAACCCAGUGAAAUAUCCGGACCCGGAUAACUUCCGGCCUGAACGUUGGCUGGAGCCCUCGUGGCCGACCUACCAGGAACCGCUAACCACGUAUCCGACCGUCAAGGGCAUGACCUCGUUUGGUUGGGGUCAACGCCAAUGUCUAGGAAUGACCCUCACGCAAGACGAAUUACUAGUAGCCUGUGGUGCGUUGUCCUGGGCCUUUAACCUGAAACCCAAGAUAGACCCGGCUACAGGGAAGGAGAUACCAGUUCCUACGGACAAGUCAAAUUCACUGUUAAUCAUCAAGCCCGAUCCGUUUGAGAUGGCAUUCGAACCUAGGAGUGAGGAACGCAAGCAGGAGGCUCUACGUAUAUGGGCCGAGUCUAGCGAGAAGUACGAUAGGGAGAAGGAGGAGUUUCUAAAGGGUACGUCGGAAGAGAAGAGCGAGAGUCAGAAGAUAGAGACGGUAUAG